AUGCGAUCUUCUUGGGAUUUCCUUGAGAGUGGUAUAAAACCGCAGCUUCUCCUUGACAACACCAAUAAAAACUUGAAUGAUGAGACUACCACUCUCCUUGUCAACCAAUUCCGGUCACACAUUACUUCCAAUACCAUCAUGUUGUUUGCAUCGGCCCCCAGUUGGCCGCAUGGUGUGGUGGAUCCGAUCCCCCAAUUGUCGCAACUGGCAAUGGAGUAUGACAUUGGUUUGCACGUAGAUGCCUGCCUCGGUGGCUUUGUCCUGCCCUUUUUAGAUGACAAGGAUAAACUUACACUGCCUCUGUUUGAUUUCCGAUUGCCAGGAGUCACGAGCAUCAGUGUGGAUACCCACAAAUAUGGAUGUGCUACCAAGGGGACUAGUGUGGUGCUCUAUCGGUCGCGAGAAUUGCAGCAUGCCUCUUACUUUAGCUACUCCUCCUAG